UGGAGGACUGAGGAGGACAACUUCAAAAUGGAGGUUGAUGAAAUGUUUGAAAAUGCAAUGAAAGGUAGGUGGGAUGAAGUUGUGGGGGCUGUUGAGAAAAACCCCAGAACUCAAGAAAUCAAGCUCACUAGAUCAGAAAGCACUGCUCUGCACGUAGCUGUCUUGGAUGGACAAACAGACAUUGUGCUGCAACUGGUGGAAAGAACUGGGGAAAAUGCAUCGAAGAUUCUAAACAUGAAGAAUAAUAAAGGCAACACACCUCUACAUCUGGCAGCAGAACUUGGCAAUGUGAAGAUCUGCCACUGCAUGGCUUCAAAACAUCCAAAGCUUGUAAGUGUUCAUAACAAUGCUGGUGAGGCUCCUCUAUUCAUGGCAGCUCUUCAUGGAAAGAAGGAGGCUUUCCUUUGUCUCCAUUAUCUUUCCCAAGAAGCAGGCAAGGAUAUAGAAUAUUCAUCAUGCAGAAGAAGUAAUGGGGAUACCAUUCUUCAUGCUGCCAUCUCAGGGGAAUACUUCAGUUUGGCAUUUCAAAUCAUCCAGCUUUACCCAGAUCUUGUGAACUCCGUGAACGAGGAUGGUUUGUCACCCCUUCAUAUCUUAGCCAGUGAGCCUAAUGCAUUCAAGAGCGGCAGUAGACUCGGACUGUUUGAUCGUAUCAUCUACCGCAGUAUCAUUGUUGAUGAUGAGCUCAGUUGGGAAACGCAUGACUGGGAGGCUUAUUUGAAUAGUUCACAAGCCAGUACUAGCCCGAAUUAUCCAGAAAAUUAUAGAUCAUGCGUGAAUCUCUUCAGAUCGAUAAGACCUUCAUUAAGGUUAGCCUAUCUGCUUCCAUCUAAGCAUGAAAGUAGUAGAUGCAACAGAAGUGAUGAAGAACAGGCUAAAAACAGGGGCAUCAUUUCAGAAAGUAUACGCCUACCAAAGAAGGAAGAUGAAAAUCACUCAUUUCCCCCCAAUUAUGCUACAAUUGUUCGAUUUUUCAGGCUUAUGAUGAAGCUCUUACUAAUUGUUCUCGGAGUUGGCAUUUGGAGGAUAACGAAAGUCUCAGAAAAGAAAAGGAGACACAGGUGGGCUACAAUGGUCAUGGAUGAGCUGGUUCGGGGUGUCUCUUUGUACAAGUACGAUGAUCAUGGAAGGAACCCUCAAAACUUCCAAUCAAUUCAAGAUGAUGAAACUGUAGUUCCUACAGCUCUACCAUCAUCGGAUAAUCUGGGGCCACCUCUGAGGGAAGAUACAAAUCUUGGGAUGAAUUCCAUGACUACAACAAAGUACAAUUACCAGAGUGGGGAAAAUCAACAUGUACCAGGAGAAAGAGAUACAUGUAAGCAACCUGUUGCAAAGAUGAGAGUCAUUGAAACGGACAGACUCCCCCAAUCAUCUCCAGCUGCAAGCGAAGAGUCAAAAACAUUUCAGAAGAACAUGGAGUGCACGGAAUCUGCAAAGAAAGAGAGAAAUGAAUUAGGGAAAAAGGAGACACCCAUCUUAAUAGCAGCUAAGAUGGGAGUACUGGAAAUGGUGGAAAAGAUCUUAGAUACAUUUCCUGUGGCUAUCCAAGACCAGGACUCUGAUGGGAAAAAUGUCAUGCUCUUGGCAGUUGAAAACAGACAGACUUAUAUAUACCAGUUCCUGCUCAAUAGGAGACUGGUGCGUGAGAGUGUGUUCAGGCAAUUGGACAACGAAGGGAACAGCGCCUUGCAUCUUGCUGCAACGUAUGGAGAUUACCGGCCAUGGCUUAUUCCCGGAGCUGCAUUACAGAUGCAAUGGGAAAUCAAGUGGUAUGAGUUUGUGAAAAAAUCCAUGCCAGCUCAUUUCUUUCCUCGUUACAACAAGCAGGGGAGGACCCCAAGGGAAAUCUUCACAACCACACACAAAGAACUUAUAAAAGAAGGUAGUGAAUGGCUCACCAAAACCUGUGAGUCAUGCUCUGUUGUUGCAGCCCUCAUCGCAACAGUUGCAUUCGCAACUUCAGCCACUGUUCCUGGAGGUGUCAGGCAAGAAGACGGUAAACCAACCCUGGGGAGGGAGCCUGCUUUCAACGUCUUUGCCAUAUCAUCUCUGGUUGCUCUCUGCAGUUCCUUAACAGCCCUCGUUUUUUUUCUUUCAAUCCUAACCUCUCGAUUCCAGGAAAGAGAUUUCGCCAAGGAUUUGCCUACAAAGCUCCUCAUAGGUUUGGCAUCACUCUUCACAUCUAUAACUUCUGUCUUGGUCUCGUUCUGCUCCGGGCAUUUCUUUGAACUUAGAGAUGAAGUGAGAUAUGCUACAUAUCCGAUAUAUGGAGCAACGUGCUUGCCGGUGACAUUCUUUGCUCUUGCACAACUGCCCCUCUACUUUGAUCUCACAUGGGCCAUAUUCACAAAAGUUCCACAGCGCAGCUACAAGGUGUUUCCUUACUAGACUUCUUGCAGUGGGCAGUAGAAACAUGUUUCCAUGGUGAAUUUGUUGGAAUAAAUUAAAAAACAAACUAUUUUCCUUUUUCUGUUUUUUUCCUGGAGGCAACUUUAUUUAUAUGAUUAAUAAAAAUACUUCCUCUGU